AUGUCAGAACAAUUAUCCAGCCAGAGUAGCCAAUCCUGUUCUAACAUCAGUGAAGAUAAAGACAACCAUAAGAUAACUCAGAUGGUAUUAUCAAACAUUGUAAAAGACAGGAAAGACUUCAGUAAUAUUCGUAAUUUGAAUGCCACAAAUAUAAAAGAAGUAGUUAAUACCAAAUUAAAGAAUGAUAUGACCUUGUUACACUUGGCAUGUGUAUUUAAAAAUAUCCAGGCAGUAAAUUUUUUAUUAGAAUGUGGGUCUGAUACGAAUGCUAAAAAUUACUUAGAUGAAACUCCUAUAUAUUAUGCCCAAGACUGCAUCACACUUGAGAAGCUUCUUGAAGCAGGAGCUAAGCUUGAUGUUGUAAGUAAGCUAAAGUUAUCUCCAUUAGAUUUUGCUGUAAUACAUGGUAGACCAACAAUUAUAAAAUAUUUAAUUGACAAAAAUCAUAUACCUCUUGAGACAAUUCAAAGAAAAUUAAGCAUCCCAAAAACAACUAAUAAAGAAAAAACUAUAAUGGCUCUUGGAAAAUUCAUGAUGGAAUAUGACAUAAACUGUUGUUAUUAA